AUGUUAUCCACCGAUCUUUUACUUUUUGUCUUGUGCUUAGUUACAUGCUUCGGGAGAACGAGGCAAACCGUUAUCAACCCAUCAAAUCUCACCGAAUUUGGGCAAAACGUUUGUUCCAGGUAUACAGUGCAGGUUGAGGUUUACUACACUGUUUCAUCAAGGAAAACAUACAAACGCACCACAACCAGUUGCGGAUGGAUGGGUUGGGGCAGAUGCGACACAACCAGACCAAUACAAAAGUACUACGCUGUCCAAAGAACCAGAAAUGUCAGUGUGACAAUAAUUUACUGCUGUAGUGGAUGGAAGAUAAGCCACUCAAGCCCAAGGGAAUGCACCAAAGUGAUCUGCUCUCAGGGUUGUGAUUCCAAUCACGGCUUUUGUGUCGCACCAAACAGGUGCCGAUAUUCUCCGGGAUGGGAUGGGUCUGCCUGUGUGUCUUGUGUUUUUUUUUACAUAGAUGACAAUGAAUGUGCCACCAGUAAUGGUGGAUGUGACCAAAAUUGUGUGAAUACACCUGGUUCAUAUCAGUGCAGUUGCAACAUUGGAUACACUCAGCACGGCCACAGAUGUCAAGACAUCGAUGAAUGUCUCACUUUAUUACCAAGACCUUGCAGUUGUGGGGUUUCUGGAGAGCCUUGUGGUGCAAACUGUGUCAACCUCGUUCCUGGCUACAAGUGCACCUGCGCACUAGGGUUUCAGCUCCGAAGUGGUGGAACCAUUUGUGAUGAUGUCAACGAAUGUUUAACAGCAAAUGGAGGAUGCCCACAAACAUGCCAUAAUAAACCCGGAAAGUUUUCAUGCGGCUGUUUUAAUGGCUUCAAACUCAUUAGCGGGAACAUCAGUACUUCCUGCGAAGAUAUCGAUGAAUGCCUGUCAAGUAAUGGUUUCUGCACCCACUUGUGCGUUAACACUGCGGGAUCUUAUCGCUGUAAAUGUCCCACGGGGUUCAUCUUGGAUUCAAAUGGAAGAUCUUGCUCGGAUCAUGAUGAAUGUUUGCUGGGAAAACAUGGCUGCCAGCAAAAGUGUAACAAUUACCAUGGAGGCUUCUACUGUUCUUGCAACUUGGGAUAUGAACUCAACAAAGACAACAAAACUUGUUCAGAUGUGAACGAAUGCACCCCUGUGUUCGUUAAGAGCCUUAACAAAACUGUCAUCCCAGCAGGAUGUGAUCAAAUCUGUCACAACACUCAAGGGAACUACACCUGCAGCUGUAACCUGGGAUAUCAGCUUCUGUAUGAUGGAAAGCGGUGCCGGGAUGUGAAUGAAUGUAACACAGGUUUCCACUUUUGUGAGCACAAGUGCCACAACACACCUGGGUCUUAUGGCUGCUCAUGUUUCUAUGGCUACAGACAAAGGGCCGACAUGCGAUCCUGUGAAGGACUUCCUUGUGAGGAAAUGUUUGCCCCACCUCAUGGUGACAUGACCUGCAGCGGAUUUGUCACAAAUGAGACCUGUUGGUUCACGUGCGAGGAUGGAUAUGAAAUACAAGGUUCUGAAAAGAGAACUUGCCUCAAUUCUUCAAAGUGGGACGGACAGAAAACGUCUUGCAAAGUGAGAAGUUGUGGUCGACUAUAUCCACCAGAGAAAAGCAUGGUUUUACUUCCCUGUCACGUGACGUUUGGUUCCACCUGCAUACUUGACUGCGUAGAAGGAUACGUUGCAUUUGACCGCAAAAUUGCAACGUGCCGGCUGACUAACUCCAGCGACGUAGCAUGGGACAUAGGAAACUUCACGUGUGAAGAGAUAAUCCUUUGCAAACCCAGUCCCUGUCGGCAUGGAGGAAGAUGCAUCCUCAUCGAUUCACAAACGUUUUCAUGUGAUUGUCAGAAUACUGGAUAUGAAGGGGAUCUCUGUGAACGAGGUGUUGUUACACCUCCUGAUCUCCCAAAACUAAUUCCUGGAAGGCCUUCUGAAGAUCUUUUAUUACUUGCAAAACCUGACAAUGUAUUGACUGUAUUCUUCGAUGCAACCCUGAAAAUGACCUUCCGUCCGAAGAGAGUGAUGAUUCAGUAUCCAUCGGAUCAAGCGGAGUUUAAAGUUAUGGGACACGAGUCUGGAGUUGGUGUAGUGUUAUAUGACCUUAGUGGGAUAGACAAGCAUACUUUUUUGUCUCCCACGGAUAGCCCAAUCUUUGUUGGUCUUAUCAUAUCAAAUGAAAACAGCAUUUACACUAGAUUGGGCCUUUUACAUGGCGAGGUACCAAUCGGAUGCCAAACGAGGAACUUAGAGAACUUCCCAUGUGGGCUAAAAGCAGCCUACAGCCCCUCCUCAACCCUGCCAAAUGAUUUUCUCGUCCAGUCAGGGCCUGUUCACAUCAUUACAUCUGACAACAAAACAAUUCCCUUGAGUCUUGUGGGAUACAAUUUCUCUUCACCUCAUCAAUCAGGUCAAGAAUCAGAGCUGCUGAAAACACUUAUCGCCCAAACAACCACUAACAAUACGAGCUCGGCAAGCCAAACAUCGAACGAAAUUUGCUCCCUUCAGCCAAGCGCAGAAACCUUGAUUGAAUUAAUUCAGGAAGACGCUUUUCCAAAGUCUUUUAUGCGGUACUUGACAGACAAGCUACCAUUAUGGAUACGACUUAUGGUUAAGGACGACAACAAUUUAUUUGCCGCAGAAAACAUUCGAGCCGACCUCAUUCAAACCGCAAGCACGCAGGGUGACUACCUGAAUUGCAAGUUUCCUCCUCUUGGUAUCUCCACUGCAAUGGUCACAUAUCGUCCGAGAGUCACUUUCACUAUCUCCGCUGGGAGGAAACAAAUCUCCUUGCCCAGCAAAGGCUGUUGUUUUGCAACCGACCCUUGUGGGAGUGCAGUGUUCCUGGCAUUAUCCGAAAAUGCUGGUAAAGAAAUCAGCAAAAUGCCCGUUUUGAAGGACCUGACUGAUAAUGGCUGGGGUAUCCUGUUGUCAUCUUUUGGUUUCACCGCUCCAAAAAAAUACCAAAGCUUGACGAACUCCUUGCCUUCCGAUUCAAUGGCUGAACACUUUUCAGAUUUUCAUUACAAUAUGUGGUGGGAAGGAACUACCAACAUUUCCCUGAAAAACACAAGUGAUUUUACCAUCAAUAUGAAAAUGAGGGGCCAAGUGUUCUCAUUUGUAGAAGAUUUGAACGGCUUACUCACCAGGUACUUUUCUCGGCCAAUCAAGAGUAUAUUUCGUGGAUCAGUCGAGUUUACCUUUUCUAUGCAAGUUCUAGGCAAGAAAUUUUCUCUGAAGUUUCAAGCCAACAGUGUGGUGGCAAAAUCACAACUUGGAGGACCACCUCUUCUCUCAUCGGAAUGCCAUGUUCCCCAAGGCUUCACCUUUACCCUGGAUCGAGCAGCCGAACCUUUCAAGAAUAGCAUUUUUUUAAUCUUCCUUAAACCCAACAGAGGAAUCAAAUAUUUGCAAAUCUACUACUCUAUUGACGGUGGAGAAGAUAUCGCAGCAUUCGAUCCUAACAACAACUUGAAAUCUCUGGAAUAUCAAACGCAAGACAUAAAGAAGGUCUUUUUAGAUGUUCAGAUAUUUGUUCCUGAAUUGCAAGAAACAGCGCAAAGGGGGGCUGCAAUGAUAGAAGAGACGCUCGUUAAAGUUAUCAAGGCUCGAAAUUUGCUCACCAAGUCUUCAGAUCUCUUGAAACUAAAAAAACUGGUUGCAGAGAUUGACAACGAUCUUGACAAAAUAUCAAGAGUCCUUCAUCUUUUCAUAGCUAGGUCACAAGCGUUCAGGAAUCGUUCAAAGGUUGAAAAUGCCAUCAGUCGCCUCCUUAAACUAAAGUCAGACCUUCCAACGACCAUCUCUCUGGUAUUCACUCAGUCGUCCAUUCAGCAAUCCUUUGCUGGUGUUCGUUUUGCCCUUGUGGCACAGAUUUGUCACAAAAGACUCUGUUUUACCAACAUUAAUUGUACUGUAUGGUCCCUGACUGACAACUACUGUUUUACCAACAGUUCUGGCACAGACAAAAGUAUAAUCAUUAUGGGAACUGCCUUGAGAGACACACCCCUUGGUAGUGCAAUAACUUUCCCUGCUUGGAGACCGCUGAGAAUGCUAAUAAGCCGCAAAAAUGAGCCACUCGAGACUACAUUUGAGUGUUUCGUUCGAUUAUUGGGACUGACCAAAACCACUAACAUACGAUUGGUGGGACAUGAGCUCUUCUUUUCCAUCUCGGGACCACUUUUUGGAACAUUCGAGACGCUUUUGAAUGUAACAGCUGACCUUGAAAACGUUGCGGACUGGAAAUCCCUGGUGUUUGAAGUGAAGGGCACCAUGAGAAGGUCAUCAGGUCUUCAUGUGAUGCUGGAAGGUACGAUUGCCAACGAGACUACCCUUGCAGCCAAGGAAGCAACCCGAAGGUUGGGGAAGGCGAAGGCAGCGUUCAGUGCUGCAAAGAUGAAAGCAGAUUCAGCCAGGAAAUUUCUUAGAGAAAAACAGAUGAUCACCGAACAGCUGAGAAGAAAAAAAGAAAAAGCUGCAGAGGAUCUUCGUGUGGCACGUCUGCAAUAUAAAUUAGCAAAAGUGCGUUUCAACAACAUGGUCAACCUCAAUCGACAUCUUCUAAAUCCUAUAUGUGAAAUAAGAGAGUGUAACUACACUUGUUUGAACGGCUGUGUUUACCCUGACCUCUGCCAGGACCCGAUAAACAUAACUUAUCUUAAUCGAUACUGUGCAACAGUUGACAAACCAAUGACAGUAAAAGUUGUGGAAAGCAGCACUAGAAAACGCAGUUUUAGUGUGCAGACGUAUCAUACCGUGUAUACUGGAAACUGUAAAUCUGGGGUCUCCUUCAAAAAAAUAAUGGAUUAUGCUAGGAGGGAAGCUCAAGUUGGGAAAUUUGAUGGGUGGAUUAUUGGAAAUGCGUUUGGAUCCAUAGCAACGAAAGUCUCAAAGGUUAUUGGAGGAUUGGCUGGUGCGAUCGGUGGAGAUGUUGUUGGACAUUUCAGCAAGAAAAUAUUUGGCUGUUCUGAGACUUACAAGACAGUUCUUGGUAAACCGCGGCUUGUAGAGUACGAACAGAAAAGUUUCGAAGUAAAAGCUGUAGUCAAGAUAAUCAAGGAAAUUGAGUGCUCAGGCCAAGAAGAGAAAACAAAACCCGGUGGAUUUGGUCCUCCUUACCCUUGCUGUAAGCCAUAUGGAUGCCAAACCAAAGUCAUUGAUCCCCUUUGUGUCAAACACAACGAAGAAUGUCUUAUUUCUAUGACUGAGCUUAAAUUUACGCUUGAUGCCUUGAAUGAAACUUUUCAGUAUGCCUCUCUGAAUUUUGAGGAAUCCGUUGACAAGGUUAAAAAGGCUACAACUGUUUACGAGAAAGCGAGAAUUCAUCAUGAAGUGGCACUUGAUGAGCUGCACAAAGUAAAAUCUUACACGGAGCAGAGCAUAUCAGCGUUAGAAAUUGUGAAUGCUUCUAUGAUUCAUGUCCGCCGAGUCGUUGACUUUGGAUUGAAGAUAUCCCAAGCUAUGAAUGCCACUAAUUCGUAUGGUAAUAAAACUGUAGAUGUUGGAGACCUUAGGUUUUCCUUAACCACGGCAUCAGAAGAUACAAAAAAGAUGCUUUUUCAAUGCAAUGUUAGCUCUGCCAAUAAACAAUCAACGUUGGUCUCUUUUGUAGUUGACUUCGAUCAAGUCGAACGCUCAAUCAAUUUUGCCUCUAAGACGAUCCUUAGCGAGUUUUUUGGUGGGAAGAAGCGGAUGGCUCCGGAAGAACAGAGUCACUUUGAGAAUUCCACAAACGUAAAUGCUUUACAUAUAAGUUUCACGGAUUACCCUCAUGCAUGCCAGUUUGCCAAUUCAACACAUCUGUUCUUGAUCUCCAUUCUUCGCCCACUGGAAAACCUAAUUUCAGCCGCUAAAGGACUGGAUGAAGAGCUAUCUUCCGGAUUCCAAGACCUUGACAGAAUGACACACUUUGUUUAUGGCAGCCGCUCAUCGUCCAAUUCGUCGAGUACUUCCAACAUUUCCAACAGUUCCUCAAGAAGUCCAAACAGUUCGUUCGUCUCAGACUACCUAGAGAUGAUAGAACUCCUCAAAAAUGAGAGCACUCAGGUUCGAAAUGACUCUUCACAGUCAUGGAAUGAAACUUUUGAGGCUUGGAGGGCAUUCCUCGAGGUAUUCACCCAUAAAAGCGGAUUUCAGGAAUGUUCAGGUGCCAUUGACUGCAUCGAAUAUUCUUUCGAAGCGUUAAGGGAAUUUUACGAGUUUGAAAGCAGUCCGCAAGCAAUGACGAUAAAAGACGCACUUUCUAAGCUGAAAGACUUGAUUAUAGCAUUAACUUAUAAAGUGUUAACAAUGCCAGAAACUGAAAACACGCUCCAACAAGCUGUUUUAUUGCUGAAUGAGACCCGCGACGAUUCCGUUUUGUGUGGGGGGACACCGUACAUUACCUCUUCACCUCAAAAGGAAAUUAUCGUCCUGAAUGGAGAAAGUUUAUCGUUACGUUGCACUGCUGAAAGUGAGGCUGAGAUAAAGUAUGCUUGGAUGAGGAAUGACAAGCUUGUUGACGAAUCACUGGAUGGAACUUUCUAUGUGCGCGCUAUCAGCAAGCAACACGAAGGUGCUUAUGUCUGUGUCGCUUCAAAUAAUAAAGGCAGUUCAUCGUCUAACGUAACGAUUAUCAAAGUUCAUAACAAGCCCAGUAUCACCCUACAUCCACAGCCACAAAGAGUCGUUGUUGACGAUGAAAUGCCCGCGACAUUCAUUUGCAACGCAACGGGUCAACCUGCGCCUACUUUUCAAUGGUUCUUCAUAUCCAUCAAUUCGUCUGUUGUCAAAAUUAACGAGACGAGACCCGUUUUACACAUGCCUGGUCCUCGCCGACAUCAAGAAGGUUAUUACUACUGUGAGGCAUCCAACGAGCAUGGUGUGGCAAUCAGUCAGAAGACCCGGCUUGACGUACUAGGCUACUCUGUGGGACUUCCCAGGCUGCUUUUCGCCCUGAAUAUCUCAUCUUCCUGCUGGGAGGUAUCAAAUACCUCCAGCAAUUCCGUGCACAAAGCUCUGUCAUGCAAUUCCGGCAAAGAAGUUUUGCCGUCAUCAGAAAACGAGACCUUAACUGAUGACAUUCGUCGUUCCCUAGCAAGAUCACUUAAUGCAUUCAUCAAGCUGAUCUCCGAGUUUGAGUACAGCUCAAGAAAUAAUUACACCGCCACCAUUGCAUUUAUCUUAGAUAUUGAUAAAGAAGCUUGGAAACAAUCAAACUUUACUUGUCAUAUGGAAAUAGUUGAAGCCAUUGCUGAUAUUCGCGCCAAUCUGAUUGAAAAAGUGGAACAGUUCAAUUCUAGCAUGCUGAACAGGACUUUUGAGGUACCUUGGAACAACACCGUUGUUUAUGGAGAUCCUGGAAGCCUUCUUGUUUACCCUCUGUCUCCGGAAUGUCCCCCCGGACAGGCCCUCGAUGGAAAUGGAUACAUUUGUGCAAACUGUCCUGCUGGCUCAUCAUAUGUAGAGGAGAAUGAAACAUGCGCAGAAUGUCCGUUCGGAACUUACCAACCCGUGCAAGGACAAUCAAGAUGUAUUCCCUGCGGCACAAACCUCACCACCGCCUUUAAUGGAACAGUGGAAGAGUCAGACUGUAUUGCUGAUUGUCCAGCUGGUUCAUACAGUACAAAGAACAAAACAUGCUCUUUUUGUCCGCUUGGCAUGUACCAACCAUCCCGAGGGAAGUCAGUUUGUAUUGCUUGCGGUAAAAACCUAACAACAAUUACCAAUGGAACUGUGGAAGAAAUACACUGUAUAACGAACUGUCCUGCUGGCUCGUACAGUUCUGUGAACCGGACAUGCGCUCUUUGUCCGCUUGGUUCUUACCAGCCGUCUGUUGGUCAGAUGGAUUGCCUUCCCUGUGGACAAGGUUUCACCACAGCCUCGCCAGGAGCUGUCAGUGAAUCGCAGUGUGAAGAGAUUCAAAAGCCAGUUACUGAAGACAAGACAACCAUUUCUACAUUAACAACAACAUCGCGAAAUGUUGAAAUGAAGACAAGUACCAACGAACAGCUUACAACUAAGACCCCAGGGGAGACUAAAGAGCAGGAAAAGGCUGAUGAGUUGUCUUGGAAACUUCCCGUCAUCAUUAGUGCUUCAUUACUUGUGGUGCUAGGUGCCAUACUUUUGGUAUUAUUCAUCUUUAAAAGACGUAGAGCGAGUAAGGAUGAUUCAAAACCUAACAUAGAACCAGCACGGACGGCACAGUUUGAUAAUCCAGUCUACCUGGGUGACCCAAACCUCCGAAUUGUAAAACCGUUUGACAAUCCACUCUACGGAGUCGUCGAACAAGAGCCACAAAAACGAGCAGAAGAUAACGAAUAUUCAUUGGUGGACGAGCCAAUGCUGGAUGCAUCUAGUGAAGAUGGUCCUGAAGGACUUAACUAA